AUCUGGAAUGGUUUUGCGCCCAUUUAUGCUGCUGCUCAUAACAUUAUCUUUAUUUCACAGGGAUAAUGGCACCACCAAAGACCGUCACAAAGGGUAAGGUCUCAAAGGCACUCAGUGCCAAAAAGAAGGUGGCGAAGGGACAGCAUACCGUCCAUAAGAAGAAGAUCCGCACCUCCGUUCACUUCCGACGACCCAAGACUUUGAAGACCCCAAGGAUUCCUAGGUAUCCCCGCAAGUCUGCUCCAGCCCGAUGCAAGCUGGAUUCGUUUGCCAUCAUCAAGCAUCCACUUACUACUGAGUCUGCUAUGAAGAAAAUUGAAGAUCACAAUACGUUGGUCUUCAUCGUUGAUGUACGCGCAAACAAGCAUCAAAUUCGUGCGGCCGUAAAGAAGUUGUACAAUAUUGAAGUGCAAAAGAUCAACACGCUCAUUACUCCCCUCUUGGAAAAGAAGGCGUACAUCCGCUUGACGACCGAUUACGAUGCGUUGGAUUGCGCCAACAAGAUCGGAAUCAUAUAA